UAUUCUGUUUUUCCAUUAAGACGAACCCAAAGUUUUGAAAGAGAGGAUUGGUGGCGUGAAACCAAAAAUUUGAAUAACCCUCUCAUUUCUCUCUCGCUUCGAUAACUCUAAGUCGCGCUUCACCGAGAUCUAAACCACCGAACAUUCUAGAACCAUAACAGAUCUAAACUCUUCUUCUUCUUCUUCUUCUUCUUCUUUUCUGAGUGCAGUAACUAACUCUUUCGAAGAAACACGGUGACGGUGAUGGCGGAGGAGAGAGAAGCCGCUCCCGAUAACGCUGCAGAGAGCGAUAGUAAGAAGAAGGAGAAGAAGCGAGGCUUCGUUUCGCGGAUUUGGAACGCGAUUUUCAGGUCUAGCGGCGACGAUUUCGAGAAGAGGCUUCAGUAUAUUUCCAAGGAGGAGAACGUUGUUGUGGCCAGAAUGAGUGCCAGAUCUCGCACCUGGAGGCGAACCUCGCGCCAGCUUAUUUUGUUCUCUGUUCUGUUUGAGGUCAUUGCUGUAGGUUAUGCUAUUAUGACGACAAGAUCAAUGGAUUUGAAUUGGAAAACGAGAGCAAUCCGAGUUUUGCCAAUGUUUCUUCUGCCUGCUUUGUCAUCUGUUACAUAUUCAACAUUUGUCAGCUUCACAAGGAUGUGUGAUCGCAGGGACCAGAAAAUUCUUGAAAAGCUUAGAGCUGAAAGGAAGGCAAAAAUUGAUGAGCUCAAAGAGAAGACAAAUUAUUACAUUAUUCAACAACUCAUUCAGAGAUAUGACACAGAUCCAGCCGCAAAGGCAGCAGCAGCUACUGUUUUAGCAUCCAAGUUGGGCGCAGAUUCGGGAUUGAAAGUGUAUGUGGGGGAUGAAUCUUCUGGUGCUCCAACAGGGAAGACCAGGGAUGUUGAAGUUGUGCAGUCUAGUGGACUUCGAAAUCGCAAACAAGUGAACUCGUCCACUAGUCCAGGGACAACUACACCAAAUAAUUCUGAUCAACAAUUGGUUGGUUCUGGGAAAAUUGAUCAAACUCAAACUUCUGAGCAUAAUCAGCUUGUAGUCGUUGAACAUCACGAUCCUCGAAGUUCAAAAAUGAAUGAUGGAGGAUGGAUUGCCCGAAUUGCAGCAUUGCUUGUUGGUGAGGAUCCAACGCAGUCUUAUGCGCUCAUAUGCGGUAACUGCCGUAUGCAUAAUGGUCUUGCUCGGAAGGAGGAUUUCUCAUUUAUUACUUAUUACUGUCCACACUGUCACGCCCUUAACAAACCAAAGCAAUCGGAUGAGCGAAUAUCUGCUUUAAAUUCCCCGAACACCGAGUCUCCAAAAACAGAUGACAGUGAAGAAGUUAAAAAUGCUAAUGUUUCAGCAGCUGGCAGCGUAAUCACAAGCAAUAAUCCCAUAAAAGCUAGCCCUGAGAUUGAAGAGGUAUCUUCAAGGGAAGAAAGCUAGCUAGUUAAGAAAAAACGAGCCUCAUUUGGGGAUGGACUGUUUAGGUGACAUGUCUUGCCCCUUGUUUCAUGUCACGGACCAACUAUAAGGAAAACAACUUUGCAUAUGGUUGGUUUCCUUGUUGUUGUUGUAACAGGAAGAGUUUUGAUAUAGUACUUUGAAACUCGUGAUUUACAAAUUAUAAUACAUAAAUUAGAUGUCUCGUUUGUGAAUUAAGGCAAUUUUGAUAAUUUUUUUCCGUUUCUUUUUGGUUGGGAUAGGCUUGGUUUCAAAAUUGGACUGUAUCUUGGAAAUGUGGAGCAAUUUAUCGAAUAUGUAAAGGGUUUAAAUGUUGCAGCCAUAACUCCAUUAUGAUCUUAUACACAAUGUUGAAAA